UUAGCUAUAUGCCUAGAGAUGCAAGGGGAGUUGGAGGCAGGUGAAGGGCGGGGUAGAUGGGUGGCAGAUUAAGGCCAGAUUGUCUUUGUCAUUAGGCCUAGGAAGUCACCUUAAUACAGACAUGGACACACAUUAGCUGUACAAUGAGGAAGACAACAGUGAAGGCAUGCCCAACUGUAGGCUCAGGAUAUGGGAUAGUUUGGUCAUAAUUACCAAGCAAUACUGUCUGUAAACGCAAAUAUUUUGUGGACCCUAAAAAUGGGCAGUGCUUCAAUUUGCAUUCAAUAACAAAUGGGCAAUGCUUUUAUUUACAUAUUCACAUUACAUUUACUGAUUUAAAGUCACACUUCUUAAUACCAAUAGCUAAUAUUUAUCAACAAGAUCAUUCAUUUUAUUGCAGAAAUCUAAGCAUUAUUCAGUGGUCAAGAGUGUGUAUUCAAGCUGUCAUGUGAAAAGUCUGAAAAAAUAUAUUGAACAUAUUUAUAUAUUAAUAUUGACAUUUAUCUUUAAAAUGGCUGUGAUUUAAUCUUUGAUUCUCUUAGGCCAUAUUUUCUAUUGCUCAGACAUUAUAACAUUUCAUUUUUUCGAUGUCCACUGAGAGAUGGACAGUGAAUUUUGGAUACAAAUAUUCAUGGAUCAUUGUUUUUGUUGCAAGAUGGGGCACUUCAUAUAGCAGUGCAGGAUUAAGUUGUCAAGUUGGUGAACAAAAUUGACAGUACAAAAUCAUUCAACUGACAGCACAAAAUCUUUCAAUAAACUCUGUCCUUCAAGCAUUACAUUUUAAAAUGGUAUAUCAAUUUCUUAAGCUAAUGGCACAAUAUUAAAUGGUGAUAAUUAUGGGUUGCAGGUAAAUUAAGUUAUAACAGGGGACCUUCAAAUCUCUUUGAAAUUAAUAUUCUAUUCAGUCCAAUUGCGACUUCUUGUAAAGGAAUUUUCUCCAGCCGUGCUCAGAUUUUUUUUACCUUUUUAACCAAAUAAUUGACAUAUUAUCAUUGAUGGAAAGACAAAUUUCAGAACAGUGUGAAUAUUCACAACAAGUUAAUAGUUUGCUUUUUUAAAAAGGAAUGGAACAAAAAAAAUCAUUUGUGUCACAUUGCUGUCAGUAAAAGAAAUAUAUGAAAACAAUGGUGCAUUGAGUGGCUAGUUAAGAAACGGGAACACUAUCCCAAUUCCAAGGUGACUGCUGAGAGGCUAGUUAAGAAACUAUAAAAUACCCAAGGUGACAGUAAGUGAAAAAACAACAAAAAAGAUGACACCAUCCAAGGACGUCAAGCCCAGGAUUGUCUACCAGAUGGUGAUUUAAUUGUGUUGUGUGUAUAAUGAGGAUGCGGAGCGUGUCGAUACUGAAUGCGGGGAUGGUGACGGAGAGUGACACACACCAGCAGGCUCGGAACACACGAGGUAACUACUUCAUCAUGGAUACGGAGCAGGUGAUCUCCAACCCGUACCAAGACCUGCAAUCUGAGGCCCUUGACAGCGCCAAGAAGUCGUCUCUCACAGAGCGUCUCACCGCUGUCCGCAACAAUGUGUGUGAGCACCACCUCCGCACAGCAACCUCACACAUAGAUAAGCAACGAACACACUCCCUACGCGACAUCCACAUGGACGCCAGCAACCUUCGCUACCAGGUCAAGGUCAUGGACAUAAAUAAGCGGCAAAAUGAGCUUGCAAUGCAGCAGAGAAUUUUGCCAAAAAAGGACUUCACAUUUGAUAGUAGGCAAAUAGAAAAUUCAUCAAAAAGACUUGGAAUUAGUUCUGAGGGCUCAUUUUACCUCGAAAAAAAGUUGAAAUACCCAAUACGCUCAACUAUAGCAAAGGACCAUGAUCAAAAGCCAUUUAUUAAGAAAGCAAGAAAAACCAUGGCAGAUUAUUCCAAACAAAAGCAAAAUGAACAAGAAAAAGAGCGUGCUCAAACAGCGCGGACAUAUGACCGAGCCACCACUGCUCAUACGGUCUCAACAGUCGUAGAAAUUCCCUCACCGGAACCCUCUGUACACGAGCCCAAGAAAUUAUUUCAGCGAGGUGGAUCAAAGUCUGCUCCACCCCCAAAGAUCUCCUUCAAUGAUCCUCACAGGUCAACAUCUAGACUCAGUGCUAUAGACGAGACUGAUGCCAAGUUACCUAAACUCCCGGACCAAGCCGGCUCUAUACGCCAGGGUGCCAGAAGUACCAAAUCACAUGUAACAUUUAAUGUCAAUGGCAACAAAUCAAAAACCUCUACUACUGAGGGACUGCAGAGAUCACAGACAUUUUACUCUGGCAUGACGCGUGCCCGGCCUACAAGGUCCUACAGCGAGGGGUGGGACAGUGACUCGGAUGAUGACUACAUAUAUUGUGAGAAGGUUGAUUUACGAGCUCUGUUUUUUGGAGACAAAUCACAAAAUGGAGACGCGAAAAGUAUGACAACUGGAAGUAUGACACCGAGAACUGUGCCAACGCGCAUGAGUUCAGAGCUGUCUUUUCAGCGACGCAGUUCCACAGCUUUGCCUAAAGUCACGGAGGAAAUGAUGCUCAAAGAACAAAAAGACAUUAAAAACAAGAUAGAUAAAUUCUUAGGCAAUAUCCAAAAAGAUGAAACCAAACCAAAACCAAAAGUGCAAGAAAAGACGACAGCAGAAGAGAUGGCAGAGAAGAAUAAAAAGGACGUUCUAUCUAAAGCUGCCAUUCUUCUGAGUGUGUUUUCUAAACCAAUUGACCACAGUAAAACAUGGGGGUAUGUUCCUCCAAAACCCAAAACAGAAGUGAAGGAAGAAACAAAACAAGAGGUUAAGGAAGAGAAACCAAAAUCUGCAGGGUCAGAGGGUAAUAAUAGGUCCAAGAAACGAUGGGAACUUAUCAAGACCAAUGUGAAAAAUGGGAACAUUCACCGAAAGUACACUGCCAAUGACCUUCUGUUGCAGCAGCUGACCGGGAUUCUAGUUCAUUCCGACAGAAAGACUAAGAUCCCGAUCCAUGCUGCAAGCCGUGCUCUGCGGCACACACCCACGUUCAAGAUGCAGCGUGUUGUGGAGGAGCUAAUGCGACAGCGUACCAGGUUUGAGCAGCAGGAGGUGGAGCGGCUGCAGGCGCAGGAGGGGGGCUCGGAGGAGGACAAAAUCGGAGCCAUGGUGACAGAGGAAAGCGGGGUCCACACAAUCAUCAAACCCUCCAAAGGCCCCAGCAAUGGCCCCGCUCACAAACCUGAACAUGAAGUUGAACAGUUGCUCUUCAAUAUAUGAGAAGUCAUUUCCAAGGACCACUUUUCCACCCAUCUCCACUGUAGUUAUAACAACACAGGACUUAAGCAGUGUAACAAAAGUAAAACAUAUUGUGGAUAUCAAAAUCUUUGUACAUGGAUGUAUACACAAAAGCUGUGACACUGUGACAGCAAAGUAUGAUAAGUAUUUGGCUGUUUUAUGCUAAAAUGGUGCUGAAUUGUUCUGAAUGGAUGUUUUAGAGGCCAAAAAUUAUAUCUCAAUUCAGCAUUACCAUGCGAUUAUGAGGUUAAUGUUUUAGUUUUGAACUGUGAACACUACACAAGUGGAACUAUUGUAGUACUAGAUGUGCCCUUGAACACCUGACCACAGUCGGGGCAAGGAAAGGUCACUAGUUUACGACAUGAUUAAUACUAGUUAAAUGAGAUUAACACAAGUCCUUCAUAAAAUGUAAUACUUUACUCAUUGCCAAUCUAAUUAACAUUGUAAUACUGUUCCAAAUGCUAUUUUUCUAAUACAGCCAUUUGUAAAUUAAAUCUCUCCUUUGUAUAAUGCUACUUGAAGUUACAUUUAGUAACUGCAGAUUUUUAAUGAUGUUAUAACCAUUAACUAUAAUUGUAAAUAUGGUAACACAUUACUGUAUAGUUUUGAUUGUUAAAUUGUUUUAUAACUGUUAUUGCUUGAUUGCUUAAUAAAUUUAAGUUAACAAGUUUGUCUAAGAUUAUUACAUUUAUUAAAUAGUUUAAUGACUGCUUUUUGAAAUGGUCAUAUGAGA